AUGGAAGAUGAAUCGUUCAUCGAAGCCUCUGAAAUUGCCGUCCUCAUACCACAGGCCACAGAGGUCGACAUCAAGGAGCUCAUCUGUAGCCAAGAUAAGAAGGUCUUGAAUGGGCAUCCGCUGCGCGUAAUCGCGCCGCGGUCAUUGUUAUAUUUUGGCAGGCCAAGACUCCGACUGAAAACACCCAUGAUAUUGUUUAAUGCGUCUGCCGUUCUUCAUCCCCAUAAGCAACAGGUCAAAGAUGCCCUACGAGAUCCUUAUCUGUCGAGUGGCGUUCCUACAUCGCAGAACCUAUUCGAGCCGCUGAGAAUGAAGGAGGUAACUAAGGGCAUGGCCCCUAGCUUGUCAGCAUCACGGUUGCAUCGAGUACAGCAAAGAGGCGAAGAUUCUUUGACUCAGCCAAAGCCAAUGAGGGUCAACAAUCCCGAGCCCUUCCCUGCACUCCCGGCUAUCUCAAGCCGUAUUCGCUAUCACAAGGCAAAUAUUCAGCCUGGUCAGGCAGCUCUCGUAGCUUCAUUGGAUAUGGAGAUUGCACCAUUCUCUAAAGAUGACAUUGAAAUUGCCAGCGUGGAGAUGCACAUUGUAGGCGGUGCAGCACUUGAUAUGGGCCAAGGUCAUACACCAAAGCUGCCGGUGAAAUGCCGACCAAAGGACAAUCUGGUAUUUCUGUAUCGGCUAGCUUGUGAAGAUGUCAUGACAGACGCGAGCACGAGCGCUUUGAGGCUUAUAGACAUUACAGUCAACGGUGUUGUUCUCGCUUCCGAGCAAAGCAAACCAUUGAUCCAGAUGCACUGGAAGACAAGCGUUGACUUUUCGUCCGCUCUGAACCCUGCUUUUGGCGCCCCUGGUCAAUCGCUGCAACGGAAAAACAGACCCUCAAGUCUUACAAUACAAUCCUCGACGACCGGUAGCAGCACUGACUCGCCUCUGAUUAGCGAGCCAUCCCUGUCGUCAUUGAGCGAGCUCGGUAUUACAAUCACUUUCACUGCACCGCCAGAAAUCUAUGUACAGGAGUCGUUUGUGUGGGACGUACUUGUUCUCAAUAGAUCAGCUAGAGCUCGGCAUUUCUUAAUGACUGCUGUGACAAAGAGUGACAAGGGUGGGACGAGAAAAGAUCUUGUCAAAGCGCCACCCUCGUUCGUGUCGAAACUACAGGUAAAAGAUGUUGCAGAGUCUGUAGUUGACGAGUCUGCUGUUUUUGGAGACCAGCGCGUAGCGAUGGGCAAUACGCCCGGUUUAGUGAGCCUUAAUCCGACAAUCGAUAUCGGAGAGAAAGGCGCGGACGGCUCUAGAUGGAAUGAGAAAAUUUUUGGAGACAGCCACUGGGCCGCAUCUUUCCGGAGCCUUGUACGCUGGCAAGGGAGCAAUACGCAACAGUUCGACGGAAUCACGUUAGAACAGAAUGCACCUCUGGCGAUGGAAGUAUCUCCUGAUGGGAAGAAUCUAUUCGCUGUAUGUCUCAACCAUACUUUACGCAUAUGGAACCUUAACAAAGGUCUGGUGUUUGACAAAGAUCUACUGUGCCAGCGAAGGGAGCAGCAUGAUGUACCCAGAAUGAUGCUUGAUCCUGCCAAUACUAAUCUGCUCCAAAUUUUCACAAUGAUCGGAUCGUUAAAAGGUCACGGAUACUACUUGCUUACAUUCUCCCCCUACGAUUAUGGUCAAUUCAAAUUUUGGGGCAUCCGUGAUCCAGAUGCAGGUGAUCGCGGAGUCCAGGAUCUGUUUCCUGAAGCAGUGCUGAAAGCGCCAGAUCCUGAUCCAAACCCUGCCAGUAAGGCUAUUUGGAAUGUGGCGGAUUUCAGGAUCUCUGUUGAGGAAAAUGAUCGACAGGUCAGCCUGUGGGUUCUCCUGCGUUCCGGCCGGCAGCAUCGCUUGUACAAUCUCCGAUGUAUCCUUGAAAACAUCGUAACAGAAUGGACUAGUCAAUGGACAUCGACCUCCCUGUAUGAGGGGAACGACACUUGGUUGCCGCAAACCGCCCCUCCAGACGACGUGCAAUCCCAGCAUAAAUGGCUGGAGCUUAUACUUAGACCCGGCAUGUACCCUGAAAUUUUAAUCGAAAAUGCACUCAUUAUAUACUGCGCACGUCACGAUCUAACUCAGCAUCACCCGAAGGACGUCAUAUCAAGAAGACUUUCUUCAGCUGUCGAAAGCAGGGUCAAGUCUCGAGUCGAUGCGCUUGAUACCCAAAAUACUGGCACUGUGACCCACCAAGAGUGGAACCUUUUAUGGCAGGACAUCUGUGACCUGAACUACUCAAGAUACGCACUAGCGUCACUAGCCUUUGAUGAUUACAGACAUAUGCCGUGGAUUGUUUUUGCUGACAGCUGCUCGGCUAUUCGAACUUGUACGGAGCUUGAAAGCACGACCAGCAACACAACCACUGCCCUGUCUCUGCCACAUCCAGACAUGGUCAUGCGCUCGGUUGAGACUGACACUGACGACGAGCACAAGCUUCCCAGUGAACUUGCUGUCGUCACUGAGGCUGCCUCAUCUUUCAGGUCGAGGUUUAGUAGCCGUUUGGAGGGUAAAUUUAGAAGGGCACUUGCCAAGCAGCUUUGGUCUGAGACCUCUCUCAAUUCGCGAGACCAAUUAGAGCAAUUCCAUGACGAAUGCGAUUUUUCCGGGGAGGUGGAAGACGGGGUCUUCGAUGACCUAACGAACGAGAAAUUUGAACCUAUUGGAGGCUUAGAGAAUCUUGACAAAGAGGCUUUCUUUGCCAUUAUGAGAUCAUUCUCUCAUCAGAUGCCAGAUGCACGCUCUGAUUUAGCCUUCACCAAGUUUGGACUUGGCACAAUCAUCAAUGGAGCUCGCGAAAUGGUAGCCCAGCGCGAGCGACUGCUUGGUAAUUUGCUUGCCCUGACCGUCUUCACGGAAGUUGAAGUUGACCGAAAUGAUACGCCUAUGGAACAUUUUGACGGACCACAAAUAUUUGAACGUCUUCUGCCUUUUUUGAAACAAUAUCAAGUUAUGCACUGGCUUGUCAGCCAUAACAUACAUGAAAGCUUUACCUCUUGUAGGAAAGGCGAUAGCAAGACGCUUUCUUCGACAUCCCAAAUAGAUUGGAAUCCGACGGUGCUCGAGAGUCUAUUUGCCGUCCAUCUUCAACCCCAAGCGAGCGAUCCACACGACAGCCGCCAGGCACUGACACACUCCAUCCAGGACUUGCUUCAGUGGGUGAUUGGGGGCAACAAUGAGGUAUCAUGGGAGAAUGUACUCGUCCAUAUACAAUCUUUCCUCCUGUUCCAUCGAAACAUUGAUCUUGCGUCGAGUUUCUCUUACUUUCAACCCUCAACCCCAGCUGCAAAAUAUCUUCGGGGCAGGCUUGCACUUCUUCAAGGGCAUAUUGAUGAAGCAUCACGAGAAUUUGAAAGUUCAGCUGAGGGAUCUUCAAAUUCAAGAGAGCUCAAUCACGAAUCAUCUAAUCAUCUCCUUUCCGAGGCUGAGGCAGCCCACUUUGGUCAAGGGUUGACAAGAUUUUACCUACACAUAACAAACCUUUUUAACGGUGCUGAUCCUCCAAAUCCUAGCCAAGCUACAUACUUCGCCGAGCUUGCUCUUGAACAUGCGCCCCCAUUCGCUAAGUCGAAGGAGCUGCACGCUAAGUUGCUAUCGAGUCUCUUUUACGCCUCUAUUGAGACCAGAAAUUUCACCACCGCCCAUUCAGCUUUGACACGGCAUCCAUUGUCAGAAAAUCUUCUACCCACACUGCUCGAUAAAAUCCUGGACACAAAAAACACGUCGCAUCUGCUAGAAUUCAACUGGUCGCCGAAAUUUCAGCGGCAAAUAGACGCCUUACUCUGCGAAAGGGUUCCCAAAGACAAGCCCAAGGACAUACGGAAAAUACUAGCAGCGUGGCGUCUACACAGUGGUGACUUCCAAGGCGCGGCGAGGGCGCUGCUUCCACCUUUGUAUGAGCUUCAAGCGCAAGCUAGGCGCAGCGAAGCCGAGGAGAAGAAGCUGGAGAAUGACUAUCUUACUGUUAUCAAUCUACUCGCAUGUGCGGGUAGUGGUAAAGAGUGGGCACUUGUUGGUGGUGACGAGGAUUCGGUGAAAAAGAAGACCGAGGAUCAGCAGAAGGGUAAGCCCGAUUUCCAAAAGGAGAAGAAGACAGCAAGAGAGAAGCGUCGCCUAGUGACCUUGGAUGAUCUAAGGGCUCAGUAUCAGGCUGAGCUAGACAGAAGAAGCAUCAUAGAGCGGGGGACCUAUGCUUUUGCUCGUACCAGUGAGGAUGGAGAUCUAAUGGAUUUGCAAUGA